AUGAAUAGCCAAUCAACAGACACAAGCAGCAGCAGCAGCAGCAGCAGCAGCAGCUUCCGUCGCCGCAGCCGCUGGACUCGCCGUUCCUCUUCUCCAGAGUCAUCAAAAUCCAGCAGCAGCAGCAGCAGCAGCAGCAGCAGCAGCAAGAAGCAGCAAUCAGAGGCCGAUGAAGGUCUCAAUGCUUUAUUAGAAAAGUUAGCAGCAGCAAAGAAGAAGAGGGAGACAGAGAAGGAGCAGCAGCGGCUGCAGGAGCAGGCUGCUGCUGCUGCAGCAACAGCAGCAGCAGUUGCUGCUGCAGCAAAUGCUGCAGCAGCAAAUGUUGCAGUAAUAAAUGCUGCUCUUGCGAACGUUGCUGCUGCUGCAGUUGGUGCACCCCCUGUUGCUGCUGCAGCAGGAGCAGCAACAGGAGCAGCAGCAGGAGCAGCAGCAGCAGGAGGAUCAGGUCUAAGUGUACAAGAGAAGCGUCGUUUAUUAUGGGGUAAGAAGAAGACAGAUAAUAAUAAUCAGCAGCAGCAGGAGACAGCAACAGCAACAGCAGCAGCAGCAGCAGCAGCAGACACUGUCUCCGAUCCAAAUAAAUAUUCUCUCUCCUUUGGUAGCGACAAAGAAAAGAAAAAUAAAUUCUUUAAGUUAAUGGGGCAUAAAGGAGACCCUGAUGCAGCAGCAGCAGCAGCAGCAGCAGCUGAGUAUGCGCCAAUGGAGGCUCAUUUAGACCCUCGACAAACCCAAAGAAUAAACAGCGAAUUAGAAUUACAAUAUUAUCAAGGAAUUAAAAGAAAAGAUGGAAGAAAAACAGGAUUAGGACUAUAA